ACGCCAUGGUGACGGUGGGUGACCGGCUACUCAACCCGUUCAACAUCGAGAACGUCGUACGCCCCAUCAACUUGCAGAUCUCUGACGCAGUCAUGAACUUCCAGCUUGCCGGUGCCAAUAUCUCCAACAUGGUGCGUAACUCUUCCAUUAACUGCCUGCAUCUGCUACUUUGUGUGUCGUACCUGGCGUGUGUGCUCACCUACAUGGAUUCUCUUCAACCGUUCGGCGAUGUGCCGGCAAAGUUCGGUGGCAGCAUCAAGAGGAGCUUCGUGGCACUGCGCACCUUCGUCAGAGGCCUCAACACCUCCACCAGCGUCGUCAACAACCUCCUCAAGGUGAACCCGUCGGUGUCGUGCGUGCGGGAGCUGAUGCGCCUGACGCACUGCAGUACGUGUCAGGGACUGCCUGACGUGCGGCCGUGUCUGCCGUACUGCCUGCACGUCCACACGCACUGCCUCCACCACCUGCAGCAGUUCUCUGCUGACUGGAAGAGCUUCGUCG